UGUUUUUAUGGUUUUUUUAAAAUAAUAUGUUGAAUAUUGGUCACAUCCUGUGGGGAGACUAGUUAACUACGGUUAUGGUUAUGAGUUUUUAGUAUGUCCAUUAGGGAGGGGGAUUAAUAAUCACCGGAAGUGUGGUCAGUAUUUUAUUUUGAAAAGUGGUGUAUUGCUUCCUCUUUUUAUGGCGACUCCUCAUGGGAAGGUAUGUGUUUUUGUCACUCUCUGUGUUUUAUUGUUUUUUUUUUCUUCCUUAAUGGAACGUUUUGUUUAGUUAAUAUAGUCUGUGUUUUUGUCAAACUGGUUAUAACAUUGGGUGUUUUGUUCUUAUUGCUUCCUCUUUUUAUGGCGACUCCUCAUGGGAAGGAAAAUAAAUGUCCCGUUCGAAGCUACCAUCCUCGUGUUAUUUAAUACAAAAUUCAAACACAACGCAGAACACGAUUCACUACAAACUGGUGCCGUGACCCGUCGACUGGUUAGCUGGAGCUAGCCGCCUUGGUUGCUGAAGUUCGAGCCUCAGCGGCGUCGAGGAGUCGGUGAAGAGCGAGGAACGACUGUUAUGGAUGCUACAGCGCUAGCCGCCUUGUUGCUACGGUACGAGCCAUAACAGCGCGGCGUGCAGAGAGAGGGAAACGUUCGUCACAGGUGUUGCAGCGUCGACCAUUUUUGUUUUUUGCUGCCCUGGUGUCAUUGACUCGCUGGAGGAGAGGACUAUUGCUACGUGCCGAUUACGUGGUCGAGGGAGUGGAAGCGGCCGUCAGACGUUGCAGAGUUGCAGUGUCGACAUCCUGGAGUCGACUGACUGGUGAGAGGGAGCUGCUACUACGUUCUGAUUCUUCAACCUGUGGACUGGAGCAGCGUUCGGACGUUACGGAGCGGCAGCGUUCUCAUCUUGGAGUCGACUGGUUCAAGCAUAUUUAUCCUUUUCAGUGAUUGUAAAAAAAAAAAAAAAAAAAAAGAAUCGUUCUAUCUGUUUUCAUUAAGUUACAUAGUGUACUUGUAUGUGUGCUAAACCAGCUGGUUUAGGCUAGUUUUUGAUUUUUGAUUCCUUGAUUGUUGAUAAUAUUUUAUUGUGUUUAUGAGACUGUGGUGAUAACAUGGACACGUUUAAUAUACAGAGUGUGGGGGGUGUUAGCGGGACAACCCCGGGUGUAGGAAGGGGUAGAGGUGUUGCACGGUGGGCUCCUCAGUUGCAGUCUACACCCAUGAGUCAACCUGCAUUGCAACCUGGUCCUUCUGUUGUUCGGGGGAAUACACAUGAGGGGUUAAGGGAUGAUGUGGUCAGAUCGAUGACAUUUACACCGGGUAUGUCAACCCUGAUUCAUUCUUCACAGAACACAGGUGAUGCUGGUAUGGGUUCAUCUCCAAAUCAACUUGCUGAGCUGAUUAGAACAAUCGGAGCUGAGAUUGGGGAAUCUAUCAAAGCUAGUUUGCAGCAAAACUGUUCUUCUGAUCAAACACUUCCUGUCACCCCUGAUCAAACUCAGCAGGCCUGUCGCCCCGAUCAGAGCACCACCACUGUUAUUGAUGCUUCCAAGCUAAAUUUAGUGUUGCGUUCUGAUGUAAAUGUUCCGCCUUAUUUUAGAGGGGAUGGCUCAGACAAAUACUCGAUAUGUGAGUGGGAGGAGUUAAUGAGAAGUUAUCUAAUGAAGCAGGGAUACAGUUCAACCGAAUGCAUUGAAGAAGUUAUGAACAGACUCUUGGGCAAGGCCAGAGAUGUCACCAAGGUAUGGUUACGCAGCAACCCAAGCGUCUCGGAUGUCAAUGUUGUUUAUGGGGUGCUGCGACGCCAUUUUGGUGACGUUGUACAUUCUGACCUGCCUUUGGCUGAUUUUUACGCAGUACAGCCUUUUGAUGGGGAAACUGCUUUGGAUUACUGGAUUAGGCUAAACAAAGCAGCUGAAAUGACGGAACAGUGUUUAGUCAGUAAGGGGGAACCGGCUACCAAUUUGAGCCGUCAUGCAGUGAUUAUGUUUGUGCGCAACUGCCCCGACAAAGAGUUAGCACUGAUUUUCAAAACAAAACCACCUCGUGAUUGGUCGGCUCAGGAAGUCCAAGAACACAUUGACAAUCAUGGAAAGGUGCAGAUGUUUUGUGGAAGUCAAAUGUCAGUGCAGAAAGAGACGACAGUUGGACUUGGUCAGGAGGGGAUGUGCAGUGACACUCUGGUGAGCCAACCCUUCAUAUCCAGUCCUAAGGUCACAUCAGAUAAUGAGGACAAAUGCACAAUGGACAGAGUUUUGAACCUGUUAGAGAGGACGUUGACUAGUAAUGUUCAACUAACACGUGGUCAAUCUCAGAACAAAGGUCGCCAAAUCAAUCGAGAGUGUAAAGUCUGUAACAGUCCAGACCAUAGCACCUCUGCCCAUUGCAGGAUGUAUAACCUGUGUUUCAGAUGCUAUUUACCGGGCCAUAUUGGUGCUAAGUGCAAACAGUUAGAUUCUACUCAACCUUCGGAUCUGUCUCGUGACUCUCGGAUUUCGGGAAACUAAGUAGCUCCUCUUUGGCGGAGGGCAACUUGGAGCUGUGCGGUUUUCCCUCCUGUGAUGAUGAUGUCCAGUCAGUGUUUUCUGCUGCUUGUGAAUCGGCUCCGCCAGAUAAGACAGUGAUUUUUCAGAACACAACCAGGACAGGCGAAAGUGACGGUUUGUUUUUCACCACUGUUUUAGUAGGGGACAAAGUUGAUGUUCGGGGGAUGUUGGAUAGUGGGUCCAUGGCCACUUCCCUGCGUGCAGAUUUAGUGCCUCAGUUGAGGGAGGCAGGGGUUGUGGAUGGUGAUUUGGUGUCCCCCACGGACAUUGUACUCAUUGGAUGUGGUGGAAAGCGGACGGAGCCGGUAGGGAUUUGUGAACUGAAACUGAAACUGUUCGACUCUGACUAUCUUGUCCCAGUUUUGAUUGUAGAUGGACAAGUAGAUGAGUUAGUUGUGGGCACUAAUCUGCUCAAACCUAUCAUCAAAAGGUUUAAGACCAAUGAGGCCUGUUGGCGUGUUUUGGGCCGACCCGAUUCAUCACAGCAGCAGGAAGCUAGUGAUUUUGUUCGUUUUCUGGCCAAUUUAGAGAGAUGGAGGGGGGAUGAGAUCCCGGACAAGGUUGGGACGGUCAGGUUGAGAAAAGCAGUAACACUGGAGCCUAUGAGUGAGCAUGUUGUGUGGGGCCGCCUCCCUCAUGGGACUGUACUCUCAGCUGGCAGCACUGUGAUUGUGGAGCCUAGCUCAUCACGCUGUACACCCCGAAACAUAUUAGUCGGCAGGGUAGUGACACCUUUGUGGGGGGAUGGAUGGGUCCCUGUAAAAAUAAUCAAUCCAACUGCAUCUAAAAUCACAUUGCGGAGAAAUGCAAAAGUGGCUGAUGUGUCGCCUUGUAUUGCAUUGGAGGAUUUUGAGGUGGGUGCUGAGCAGACAGCUCAUCAGAUGACUGGAAAAGUAGCCAGUGGCAGCAGCCAUGGUAGUUUGACGGCGCAGAGCUCUGUUGGGGGCGAGUUUGUGGGUGGGAGCCUUAGGCUCAGGGAACUGGGUCUCCAGGAGUUACCGUUGGAUGAUUGUGAGGUUUCUCCGGCUUGGAAAGACAAGCUGACGUCUUUGAUUGUAAAGUAUGAAAGCGUGUUUUCCAGACACAGUUUGGAUUGUGGACAAGCCACUGGUUUCUGUCAUCGUAUUCGGCUGACCGAUGACCGUCCUUUCCGGUUGCCGUAUCGCAGGCUCUCACCAGCUCACUACCAGAAGUUGAGAGAGACACUCGAUGAGAUGGAGGAGCGGGAUAUAAUCAGGAAAUCUAGCAGUGAGUAUGCUUCACCUCUUGUUUUGUGUUGGAAGAAAAACGGUGAGCUGAGACUGUGUAAUGAUUUCCGGUGGUUAAAUGCCCGCACGGUCAAAGACGCACAUCCUCUGCCUCAUCAAGCGGACGUUUUGGCCGCACUGGGAGGCAACGCCUUUUUCAGUACGAUGGACUUGACUUCGGGCUAUUACAAUGUGCCACUCCACGAAGAGGAUAAGAAAUACACUGCUUUCGCCUCACCACUGGGACUGCACGAGUAUAAUCGUAUGCCUCAAGGUCUUUGUAAUAGCCCAGCAACUUUCAUGAGAAUGAUGCUGACCAUUUUUGGUGAUCAGAAUUUUUUGACACUGCUUUGUUACCUUGAUGAUGUGUUGGUCUUUGGCAGGACAGAAAAGGAAAGUUUGGAGCGGCUUGAAUUAGUUUUCAGGCGUCUGCAGGAAAACAAUUUAAAGCUCUCUCCAGCGAAGUGUAAGUUCCUGCGAAGAUCUGUGAAGUUUUUAGGGCACGUGGUUUCUCAGGAGGGGAUAUCCACUGACACUGACAAGGUGCAAGCGAUAGUGAGUUUGAGUGAAGAUGACAUCAUGGAGAGUGAUGGUGUUACACCCUCCAGUGACAAGAUUCGCUCGUUCUUGGGCAUGGUGGUGUAUUACCAGCACUUCAUUGAGAACUGCUCUGUGAUCGCUAAGCCACUUUUUCAACUUACCUCAGGGUGCAGACAACCACGGGGUGCACGUGGUAAAAAGCGGUCAAAAGUUGCACGUCGACUUAUUCCUCCUGAUUGGACCACAGAGUGUAGACAGGCUUUUGAGUCUUUGAAGCAGGCUUUGGUUGACCAAGUCUUACUGGCACAUCCUGAUUUUUCAAAACCAUUUAUUCUGUCUGUCGAUGCAUCUACCAGUGGGCUAGGAGCUGUACUUUCUCAGGUGCAGGAUGGACACGACACAGCACGGCCAGUUGCAUUCGCCAGCAAAUCACUGAACCAUGCUCAGUCUAAGUACCCAGCUCAUAGAUUGGAGUUUUUUGCUAUGAAAUGGGCUAUUCAUGACAAGUUUAGUCAUUGGCUGCAGGGACAGAAAUUCACGGUGUGGACGGAUAAUAAUCCUCUCAAAUAUAUUUUGACUAAACCAAGACUGGAUGCAUGCGAGCAUAGAUGGGUGUCCAAACUGGCUCCUUUUGAUUUUGACAUCCAGUACAUUCCUGGACCCAAGAAUAUUGUGGCUGACGCACUGAGCCGAGAACCUUUCGUGAGGUGCAAAGUGAUGCACAGGUUGACAAGAACCCCCUAUCAUGUUUUAUUGGAUGAGGCGAGUGGUGUUUCCUUCCCAUGUGUACAGGAUGCAUUUCGUCUCUCCUGUGAGCAGGAUAAGGGGGGAAGGCAGACUCUAUCCAUUUCAAGUUCCGCUGAAGUUUGUGGGGGUGGGUCUUGUAGUGGCGGUAAAAUCUCAGGUGAGGAAGUGUCUGCUGUGUUGAAUGUGCAUCAGCACUGGAACGAUGCUGGUUUAGUGAGAGCAGUCGCUCACGUACAGCAGCUGCAGCAGGUGGCAUCGGUGGGACAGAAUCUACUGCCUGUUUUCACCCUCAAGGAACUGCAGGAUAUGCAAAUUCAGGAUCCUGUUUUGAACAGAGUGCGGUUUUUCGUGGACAGAGGUCGCCGUCCAUCUCGCCGGGAGAGAGUUCAUGAAUGCAGGGAGACAAACAGGACACUGAAGCAGUGGGAAAAACUCACGACCCGGCUGGGUGUCCUUUAUCGUAUUUCUAAGCAUCCGGUGAGCAAAAAGAAGAUUUUCCAGUAUGUGGUCCCACAAGCUUUGAGAAGUCAGGUGCUAAAAGGGGUGCAUGACGAUGCUGGUCAUCAGGGGCAGCAGCGCACUUUAUGGCUCCUCAGGCAACGUUUUUACUGGGAUACAAUGGCAGAUGAUAGCAAGUUGUACGUUACGCAAUGUAAGAGAUGUGUGUUGAGCAAGGCCCCAGAGCCGGAAGCCAGAGCUCCACUGGUGUCUAUUGUCACUACUGCUCCACUGGAGUUGGUGUGUGUGGAUUUUUGGUCGGCAGAGGAUGAUAAUAACAAGUCAGUUGAUGUUUUAGUGGUUACUGACCACUUCACCAGGCUGGCCUGUGCCUAUCCUUGUCCUAACCAGACAGCUAAGACUGUCGCUCGUGUUCUGUGGAACAAUUUCUUUUCUGUUUAUGGAUUCCCAGCACGCUUACAUUCAGACCAAGGUGCUAAUUUUGAGAGUGCGCUCAUAGCUGAGCUCUUACAGUUGGCGGGCGUGGAAAAAUCCCAUACCACACCGUAUCAUCCGAUGGGUAAUGGACAGGCAGAGCGUUUCAAUCGCACUUUGGGUUCCAUGAUCAGAGCUCUACCACCGCGUUUGAAGGCAAAGUGGCCUCAGAUGCUGAAUACACUGACUUUCACAUAUAACUGCACCAUCCAUGAGACCACAGGGUUUCCACCUUUCUUUCUGAUGUUUGGUCGGACUCCUCGCCUGCCCGUUGAUGUGAUGUUCGAGAGUGUUUUGUUGGAUGGAGAGACUGUUGAUGUUGAUAAAUAUGUUCAGGCUUUGGGAAGAGACUUGAGGGAGGCAACAGCAAUCGCACAGGCACACAUUAGCAGGCGGCAGGUAAAACAAGCCGAGGUCUAUAACAGAAAGACGAAGGGCUUUUCUGUUGAAAUCGGUGACAGAGUAUUGUUGGCAAACAAAGGGGAAAGGGGGAAGAAGAAAUUAGCUGAUCGAUGGGAAAAUGCAGUGUAUGUGGUUGUGAGCAAGAAUGACGAGCUUCACACAUAUAGCCUUCAACAUCCUGUUACACGCCGGAUUAAGACAGUUCACAGGAACCUGAUCAUGCCUGUAAAUUUCCUGCCACUGCCUUCAUGGGAGGAGACUCAGGAAUGGGAGCUCUCUGGCUCCAGUGUCGAACUGAGUCAGGAUAGGGUGAGAAUGUUGGGUCAGACGGAGCUGAGUGAUGGCCGGACUGCUCGCUGGGUGUCUGACCUGCCAGAGUCUAACGUGGAGGAUGGGGUCCAUCAGCCUGUUUUCUCUGAAAUAUCUGAUGGUUGCAGUGAGGCAGAGGAGAGUCGGCUGGUUGACGAUGACAGUGCUGAGCUGCAGGUUCAUGUGGACACAGGAUCAGUCAAAUCAGGUUCUGGCGGAUGUCAGCUGCCUGACUCUACUAGUGGCAUUCACAGUGUUGAGCAUGUUGUUAGUGGUUCCAGACAUUCAGUCCAGACUUCAUGUACAGAGUCAGCGAGAGUGAGGGAGUCUCAGUCCCUGGCCAUUGAACAGAGGGGGAUGUCUGUGGGUUCAUUGGGGGGGGAUUUUCGCACCAGGUUAGGUAGACUUGUUAGGCCGGUAAAUAGGUUAAUACAGACUAUGUCCACACAAAGAGUUCGAAUUGGUACGUAGAUGGAUCGUCUGUUUGGAAGAAACUGUGUUUUUUUUUUUCUGUUUGUUUGUUUUUUUGUGUUUUGUUUUUUGUUUAGAUAUGUGGUUUUGUAUUUCAUUAUUUUUGAUACUAUGCUGAGCUUUAUAUUCCUGUACGGUUGGUUUCCAAUCAGGUGCAUACUUUUGGCUGUGAAUUUCAGGCCCUUGAAAUGUGUAUAUGGCAUAUUUUCCUGGGGUUAAACGUGUGCUUGAUCACCCCACGUUUACCUUGAUCCUUCGCUGGAUAGUUUUUUUUCUGGUUGGGCUGGGUUAUGUUUCAGUUGUUGGAGAUUUGCGUCGUUGCACCUAUGAACACUGUAUGUGAAGACUAAUGUAAUAGUUUCUUUGCCAUAGUAUGAACUGGAAUGUGUGAUGUGUUGUUUUUUUUCAUAUAGCGCAAAAACAGUGGGGGUGAAUGUAAUAGAAUGAGACUGAUGUUGUUGCGCUAUAUGAAUUUGUAUUUAUUUUUGUUUAUAUUUGUAUUUAUUGUUUUUAUGGUUUUUUUAAAAUAAUAUGUUGAAUAUUGGUCACAUCCUGUGGGGAGACUAGUUAACUACGGUUAUGGUUAUGAGUUUUUAGUAUGUCCAUUAGGGAGGGGGAUUAAUAAUCACCGGAAGUGUGGUCAGUAUUUUAUUUUGAAAAGUGGUGUAUUGCUUCCUCUUUUUAUGGCGACUCCUCAUGGGAAGGAAAAUAAAUGUCCCGUUCGAAGCUACCAUCCUCGUGUUAUUUAAUACAAAAUUCAAACACAACGCAGAACACGAUUCACUACACUUAGACUGAAUAUCAAGUUUCUAUAUAGCCCUAUAAGCGGCAGUCAAUUCCAGCCAUUUUCAGCACAAACAAUCGUUAAUAUUUUAUUUGUAAAUAAAAAUGUGACGAGAAAUACAGGGAAUAUUGGACGCGCAUCGCGAGGUGCAUUUCCUCGAAAACGACCGAUUCGUGGAUUAUAUACCGACUUCAGGACAUGUUUUGGACAAAAUAGUUUACUGGCUUGUUUCGACUGGAUGUCCAAGGUUGGAUUAUGGCCGUUUUUUGUGGAAUAUUUUCAUCUGUGUGUAAUAAUAAACCCGGAAAUGUGAGUCGCGCUGUGUACGUUAAAGCCGUGUACAGAGAACGGAUGGAUGGAUAUUCGUUGUUUGUCGGACAAAUGUGUUUAUAUUACCCGCUGUGGUAAUCGCAUCUGAAAGUGGUUUAUACUGGCGGAUUCAUGAGAAUCUAAGCUUUCCAUCGGUGUAUAGUGUUUGUAUAAUCGCAUUUGCAGCUUCAGACAUUGAAGGAAAUGCUUAUGCAGAUCUCAAAGUGUUCCGCGGGCGUAACACUGAAGCGCAACGGGUUAAAAUGAUUUACUGUGUGAGCCCAAGAAGACUUCAAUAAACUCCCUCCAUGCCCUGAACACAACAUAUUUUAUUACCAUGUUAAAUCUUUUUUUUAAUGUUGGAGUUUUAAUAAUAGUCUUUUCUCUUUGCUUGUGUA